AUGCGUCAGGAUCACCUGAUUUCCGGCACGUGGACAGUUAAAAGGCAUCAACAGAUCUUAACGGUCAUUAAAGGUUGCCGGGCAUCUAGAUGGACUCCUAGCGCCCUGCCGAAAGAAACUUACUCACCUGAAAUUUAUGAAAUUGAAGACCCAAAAGCCACUGUGGAUAUCCUGAACUAUUGUCAGGUUAUAUAUAAAACUGUUCAAAGGCUGGAAAAGAAGUUUGAUGACCUGGAUGAAAAAGUAACAAAAAUGUAUCACUCUCGUGCCAGAUCCUUCUGGCGUUACCCUCCUUUUAGAGCAGUAUCCAGAAGAUACAAUUACCUGAUGUCUAGAAGACAUAAACUUCAGAGAGUGAGACGAUUCAUUCAUGACAAUUUGGUCUCCCGUCCUCACAGUUACAGUCCAACUUCAGCAGUCUUCGAAAGGAAUGAAGAUAGUGAGGAUAUGGAGAACAACCAGACUGUAGAUUACCUCCAGGCUUUCCAGUACCCCAAUUCUAUUGACAACACCCAGACUUUCCAGUACGCUGAUCGUAUUGACAAUAAUCAAGCUUUGCAUUAUGCUGAUGAUCUCUACAACACUCAGACUUCGAAGUAUACCGGUUCUAUUGACAGCAGUAUCCAGAACAAUGAAGACAUGGAUGUUUUCCAUUCUGAGGAUUCACAGGAAGUGAUACUUGUCAGUUCUUCACCAGAGAGGGACUAUGAAGAAACUCCACCGAGUCCUACAUCUACUGGCCAAACCUACCAACAAUAUUACAGAUUUAAAAACAUUCCUAGCUCUUCUACAAUGCCCUUCUACAGUGACUUUGAAAAUACCAACGUGGACACCAUCACUUCUACCACUUCAACAGUGAAGGAAGCAAGUACCCUCCCUCCAGGGGAGCUCAUCCCCAUCCAGAAUCCUGAAAUGAGGCGAUUGGCCUUACUGGAGGCUCAGCGUACACCUGUGAUUGAUCCUAACACUUUUGGUUCAUCAUCCGAAUGUAAUGAUGCUGUUGUGAGACACCUUGGAAACCCUGUAAAAUGGUCUGUGGAUGACGUGAUAACAUUUCUGAACCGUUUAGAUCCCCCGUUGGCCGACCAGCUCUACCCCAUCAUCAGAGAACAUGCUAUCGAUGGGAAGGCCCUGCUACUGCUUGAUUUUGAUGUGAUGGUGAAAUAUAUGGGGAUGAAGGUGGGAGUAGCCAUGAAGUUUAGCAGCUAUAUUCAAAAGCUUAAAGAAGGAGUAAACUGUGACGAGUAAACAAAUCGUUUGUAGAACUUCAAAUGUUCUCAUUAAAUUCCUUCUUAAUGCACACUUGACUCCCUGUGUUCAUUAGUUUUGGUUCUGGAGAAGGUUCUCCUAAAAUAUAAUUAGAAUUAAGAAAAAUACAUUAUAGUCUGCUUGGAGUUACAUUUAACAUAUUAGUAUUAACAUAUACAUAUGUCUUCUUUAGAUUUCUCAUUUUAUAGAUUAAAAUACGCUUCAUGCAAGAAACCAAAAAACUACCUUUGAUUUGGGUUUAUCUUUAUACAUAUUUUUAAAGCAACUAAAGAGGAAAUAUAAGGAACUAAUAACAUAAAGUUAAAGUGGUGAAAAUUUUUCACAGAAGAGAAAUUAAGGGAGACUAUAUCAUUAACCUUCUUGGAUAGUUUAUCUCUAUAAUACUGUAGUAUACCUUUCAUAUUCUACCAGUUUCCAGAAAAAAACAAUAGCCGUAUAAUUUCUUGUCCUCUCUAUUACUACAUCUCUGUUAUGCUUGUUCAAAUUCAGAAGGAGAAACAUUAAGCUUAGGAAGUGUCUAAUAUGCUCCAGACAACUAAAUAUUCUUACCAGUUUUCAGAUAACUUAUAGUAUAUGCAGAACAAGAUACUAUUUCAGAUUUAGAAGGAGAAAAUGAAGCUUAUGAAGUAUCUAAUGAGCUUCAGACAACUAAAUAUUCUUAACAAGGUUUUAGAUAAAUUUUAGGAUGUAUAGAAUGUUUGUUUUACCUAAGAAUUAUACCUCUAGAGUAGUUUGGAAUAAGUCUGACUAUAGUUUUAAGAUAUAUACUUACUAUAUUAAAGCCUUCAUAUUUUUAAAUCAAAUUUGAACAGUUAGCUAAGAAUUCAUUGUUCAAAUGUCUAUGUACUCAUACUCAAAAUUAAAAAAUGUAUUUCAUUUUUAUGUGCUUAUUUAUUCCUCAUGGAGGUCUCAUUUGUGUACCAAAAUUACACAGAAGAAAAUAUUUUAUUUUGAACUUUAAAUGGUACUUUACAAUGAUACAAAGGGAAUGGUGAGCUGUUCAUCUACAAGGUGCUCUUAUUCUGUGAACUGUAUAUGUGCCACUUGGUUUUACUAGUCCUUCUCAGUUUAGCCUUCAGAGAGGCAGAAAAGUGCCGAGGCUCGAGGCUGCUCUCCACAUAUGGAAAUGCUCUGUCUUGUGCCUCAGGCAUCUAGGAUGUUCACUAUUGAAAAAUACACUAGUCUGAUUUGUUUGAAAUUUUAUUUUAUAAUUUAAAAUUUUCAAUAGAAACAUGAAUAAUUCCUCUUUUGUUAUUGUUUAUCACAUUGUAUAACUUUUGAAAUAAGGUAAACAGAAUUAGUGCUCAUAAUAAUGGCUAUUUAUUGAGAAUGGUAACAAAAUGCUCACCAGGGACAAGAAUUUACAUUAUCACUUUAGAAAACAAAGUGUACUAGUUACUGAAAACCAGUGGUUUAAAUGAUUGCUCCAUUUAUAUUCCUGCUUGUGUGUAAAGACAUUCUAACUUCAUACUUUUCAAAUUGUAUAUAUGCACAGGUGAACUUGGUUCAGAUGCUUGA